GGUUUUUGGGGGGGACAUUUUUGAUUUUUGUUUGGGUUUUUUUUUUCUUUUCAGUUGCGUGGGGAUUUUUUGUUUUGUUUUUUUCUCCUCUCUCUCUCUCUUUCACUUCUCCUCCUCCCCCAGGCUCCGGCUGGCAGGGGAGGGGAGUGGGGAGAACAGCGAGAGAUCAAAAAUAAACCUCUUAUGUCAAAGCCGGGGGGAGAAAGUAUAAAUACAGCGGGCUCGGCGGCCGGCGCGGAGGCUGCGGGGGAAGAGCCCGGGGGGUGCGGGGCCGUGCCGUGCCGGGAUGGGGCGGCGGGCGCUGCUGGCCGGCCGGGCCCCGCUCCACCUGCUGCUGCUGUGCCACGCCUGGGCGCUGCCGCCGCCGCGGGACGCGCAGCCCGUGCUGCCCGCCCGCCUGCCCGCGCCCCCGGGGCAGCUGGCCCUGCGCCUGGCCGCCUUCGGCCGCGCCGUGGUCCUGCGCCUCCGCCCCGACUCCGCGUUCCUGGCCCCCCGCCUCCGCCUCCAGCGCCUGGGGAGCCGCCGCCCGCCCCCGCCGCCGCCGCCGCGCCGGGGCUGCUUCUACGCGGGCGCCGUCGAGGGGAGCCCCGAUGCCCCCGCCGUGCUCAGCAGCUGCGGCGGCGGCGGCCUCCGGGGCGCUUUCCUGCUGGACGGGGCGGCCUACGAGCUGCAGCCGCUGCGGCCGGCCGCGCCCGGGCCGCCCUGGAGGCGGCUGCACCGGCUGCGGCGGCGGGCGGCCCCGGGAGCAGCUCCGGUACCGGCAGCGGCCCCGGGAGCAGCCCCGGGAGCAGCCCCGGUACUGGGAGCGCGCCCCGCGGGCAGCGCGGAGCGGCCGCGCAGGGCUCCGCGGUUCGUGUCGCAGGCGCGCUACGUGGAGACGCUGCUGGUGGCUGACGCGUCCAUGGUGCGGUUCUACGGGGAGGACGUGGAGAACCACGUCCUGACCCUGAUGUCCAUGGCAGCUCUCAUCUACAAGCAUCCCAGCCUGAGGAACUCCGUCAGCCUGGUGGUGGUGAAGGUGCUGGUGGUGGAGGAGGCGGCGGCGGGGCCGGAGGUGUCCGACAACGGCGGCCUCACCCUGCGCAACUUCUGCAACUGGCAGGAGAGGUUCAACCCCCCGAGCGACCGGCACCCCGAGCACUACGACACCGCCAUCCUCCUCACCAGACAGGACUUCUGCGGCCACCAGAGCUGUGACACGCUGGGAGUGGCAGACACCGGCACCGUGUGCGACCGCAACAAGAGCUGCUCGGUGAUCGAGGACGAGGGCCUGCAGGCAGCCUACACCCUGGCCCAUGAACUGGGCCACGUGCUCAGCAUGACCCACGACAACUCCAAGAACUGCGAGCGGCUCUUCGGGCCCCUCGGCGAGCACCAUGUGAUGGCUCCUCUCUUCAUCCAGCUGAACAAGAGCCAGCCCUGGUCUCCCUGCAGUGCCAUGUACCUCACCGAGUUCCUGGAUGCAGGGCAUGGUGACUGCCUGCUGGAUGCCCCGGCCAAGCCCCUGCCCCUGCCUGCCGAGCUGCCCGGCCAAAGAGCCCUGUACAGCCUGGACCAGCAGUGCCAGCAGAUCUUUGGCAAGGGCUUCCAGCACUGCCCCAACAUCACAGAGGAGGACAUUUGCUCCCAGCUGUGGUGCAGGACGAGCAGUGGGGAGCCCCUGUGCCACACCAAGAAUGGCAGCUUGCCGUGGGCCGAUGGAACCCCCUGCAAAGCCCAGGGGCUGUGCUGGGACGGGCGCUGCGUGCAGCGGGAUGCCCUGAAACCCCAGCCGGCGGUGGACGGCGGCUGGGGCCCGUGGGGCGCGUGGGGGCCCUGCUCGCGGAGCUGCGGCGGAGGCGUGCAGUUCUCACACCGCCACUGCGACAGCCCCAGGCCCCGGCACGGCGGCGGCUACUGCCAGGGCCAGAGGACCAAGUACCAGUCCUGCCACACCCAGGAGUGCCCGCCCAAUGAGAAGAGCUUUCGGGAGCAGCAGUGUGAGAAGUACAACAGCUACAACCUCACUGACCUGCAGGGGAAUCACUUGGAGUGGGUUCCCAAGUAUGCAGGAGUGUUCCCCCAAGACAGAUGCAAACUCAUCUGCCGAGCCCGAGGGAGGAGCGAGUUCAAAGUCUUUGAGGCCAAAGUAAGAUUCCUGGUGAUGGGAAUCACCACAGUAAAAUCCCUGGUGAGGGGAAUCACCAAAGCAAGAUUCCUGCUGAUGGGAAUCCCUCCUGUUUACCCCAUGUCAGAACUCAUGCCCCAGUUACUCCUCUGCGUGCCCCUUUCCCAGGUGAUCGACGGGACGCUGUGUGGCCCAGAGACCCUCUCUGUCUGCGUCCACGGGCAGUGCAUCAAGGCUGGCUGUGACCACGUCAUUGGGUCCUCCAAGAAGCUGGACAAGUGCGGGGUGUGCGGUGGCAACGGCUCCACUUGCAGGAAAAUAUCCGGCUCGCUCAACAGAUCCAAGUACGGCUACAAUGACAUUGUCACCAUCCCCGCCGGAGCCACCAACAUCGACAUCAAGCAGCGCAGCCACCGAGGGGUCUGGCACGAUGGGAACUACCUGGCCCUGAAGACCCUGGAGGGCAGGUACCUGCUGAACGGGGACUUUGCCAUCUCAGCCAUGGAGCAGGACAUCCUCAUUAAGGGCACCAUCCUGAAGUACAGCGGCUCCAUGACGACUCUGGAGAGGCUGCAGAGCUUCCGACGGCUCCCAGAGCCGCUGACCGUGCAGCUGCUGACCAUUGCCAGCGAGCUCUUCCCACCGAAAGUCAAGUACACCUUCUUCCUCCCCAAGGACGUCCCUUUCAGCAAGCAGAAGGGCAAAGAGAAGAAGUCUGUCAACGUCAUCCGACCGAUGCUGACCUCGCAGUGGGUCCUGGGCGACUGGUCCGAGUGCUCCAAGACGUGCGGCUCGGGCUGGCAGCGGCGGACGGUGGAUUGCCGGGAUGUGGAGGGUCAAACCUCCUCUGCCUGCAACAGAUCCCUCAAGCCUGAGGACAUCAAGCCCUGCGGAGACGUGCCCUGCCCUCUGUGGCGCCUGGGUCCCUGGUCCCCCUGCUCCCAAACGUGCGGCGAGGGCGUGCGGACGCGCAACGCCUCCUGCAUCGAUUAUGACGGUAAAAUCACUGCCCCGGAGAAAUGCAGCCGGCCGGGGCCGCCUCCCGCCACCGCGGCCUGCAUGCUGCGGCAGUGCUGAGCCCACGGCGCUGCUGGGGCCAGGGCUGCCACGGCCUCCACUGCACUGGGGCAGGGCAGCAAGGGUGCCAUAGCCUCCACCACGCUGGGGCAGGACAGCAAGGGUGCCACAGCCUCCAACCAGGCUGGAGCAGGACAGCAAGGGUGACAUGGGCUCACUCACCAGACAAAAUGACCACUCUGCAGUGGUUCAUCCCCACCACAUCGAUUUCUACCUCAGAGGGGAGAAUAACGGUGGCAAAACAGGGAGGAGUCGCUUCUUUUCCUUUCUUUCAUCCUUUUCUUUCUGGCUGGCUGCUCGCAGGCAGGUUGUAACUUAAAGGGAAAAAUAAGCGUAUCUGUAGGGAGUUUCUGAAGAGCUGUCGCUGAACGUGGUGGCAGAUUGCUUUUGUCAGGUUUGCUGGGGUUUGGCACUGGAGAAAAUGUGGAGCCUGGCUUUGCCAUCGCCCCCUCCCAGGUCAGGGAGGUCCAGGGUGGGUGUCUUUGCUGAUAGAACUGGGAUCUCUUCACAGAAGGCAUGGAAUAGUUGCCAUCCCCUCCCUGCAGCAGCGUGGGUGUCCUUGAGCAUGAGGAGUGUUUUAUCAGCUGUGGGUUUCACUUGGGAGAUAAAUUGCUUGUGUGAAUGGGAGAAGGAAUAAGCUGAGAGCCAGAUCCUAGCAUGAAUCAGGCAGGAGGACAGGUGAGAGGUGGUUUCUGCUGGAGUUAUAAACUACAAGGCGACAAACCUGGGUCUCCAAACACCCCCAGCAUCUGCAGUUAUUUCCACAGCUGUUACCCCACACCUCUCUUUCCCCAGCUAUAAAACCAAGGCUUAAUUACACCUGAUCUCUCUUACAGGGCCACUGUGAGGAUUAAUUAAUUCCUAGUUCUGCAGUGCUCUGACUGUGAAAUGCCUGUUGUGCUGCCCUCUGGAGCAGGCACUCUGGUGUGCCAGCGUUUCCUUUCCCAUCCUUGGCUUUCAGUCCCCUGUGGGCUCAUUUUUUUCAGCUCUGCUGUAAUUUUGGAUAUUAUUCACUAACCUGCUUUGCAGCAGGAGCCCAGGAUCUGUAGUUCAUGCCAGAGGUGACCAGUGCUGCUCUUCACCCCUGUUUUCCUGGGAUAUGUGAAAAUGCUCAGAUCUGGUGCCAGCUCCAGCCUUGCUUGAGCAAUUCUCAGUCCAAAACCAAGCCUGGCAAGGCUGGAGCUGCUCUUUCCCAGUGGGAAGCAGCCACAGGCCUGUCCCCAGCCCAGCUGCUCCUGGCUCCAGCACAGAUGGCUGUUCAGACCCUGAACUUUGCCCUUUCCAAAGCACUCGCUGGCCGUGUGCUAGCAGCAGCCAGUGCCUGGGGAGCAGGGCUGGAAUUUGGAAAGAUUUUGCUGUUGCUGGAUGAGCAAUUCAGUAUCUCCAGGCUCCUCUCAUACCCUGCCUUGGCUUCCUUUUUGGCAGCAAAAUCUUGAAUUUCCAGUGGGAUCUGCCUUUUUCUCAUAGGAAGAGGAGGAGGGCUGGAAUUUUUGAUAUUUCAGAUUCCCCAUUCACAUUUAUGGAUGAAUCCUUUUCCUUGUCCCUUUUGCCCGAGCGAGCCAAGCUCGUGUGAGAGCCUUUCCUGGCUGUCCAGCCAGGUUUGGAACAGGAUGAUGGGAUGAGCUGCUCCACUGAAGACCCAAACCUCACUAUUCACCUGAAAACAUGAAAUAUUCCUGUUCUAUCUCCCAUAUAUGAUUUUUAUCAAAACCACAGGAGCUACAGAACUCGAUUGAGGGUAUUGAGGGCUUGGCUCCUUUAUUUUUUUAGGAAAGGAAAAGAGCUGAAGGCCAGCUGCAGAGUUUGGAUGCAGAGUUGUUUGGGCUGUGGUACAGACCUACCUUUGGGCAAUGUUCUACAUCUGCUAAUUAAUCUCCAGGAAUUUAAGUUCUAACGAAUAGCUGGAUGCUAAAGUCAUGUAGCCUUGCGGGGUUAUUUUCUUUUUUUUUCCCCUCUGAAUCUGCAAGGGUUUUAACUCAAAGCCAGCAUGUGUUUCCUCUCCAGUGUCACCACCAGCAUUUAGGAUGGGUCAGGAAUAUCAGUGUGAGACAGUGCCAAGGAAAAUGUCUGUAUUUAUCACACAGGAGUCGUGCACGCCAAGGGGCUGUUCCAGGUUUUUUAUAAUCACUCUGCAGCUGCUUCGCUGGAGCUUCCUAGAUGUAAAAACUCCUUGCUGAGGGCAAAUCCUGCUGCUUUUCCAGCCAGGAGGAAGGUGGGGAUGCCCCUGGUAGUGGGGGACCGGAGGCAGUGAUGCUCUGUUGAGGUGUGGCUGAUGCUAAAGUGGAAUUCCUGCCCCAGGCUUCUGUAAAAAAAAGUAGCCUUUACGCUGAUUUAAGUCAAAGAGGUUUUAUAUAUUAGGCUAUAUAUAUAUAUAUGUAUAUAUAUAAGUUUCCCUUCAGUGAAGGAUUGUAGCAAUGUACUGAGCCUCUUGUGUUAGGUAUUUAUUACAAAUUCCUGUUUGGUUUUGUACAGUAGCUGUCUGGAAAAGGAGAGAAAAAAAAGAAGGAAAAAAAAAAGAGAUUAAAUAAGACUGUGUUUUAACGUGCUGCUCCCACAUCCCCUCUCUGAAAGCUGCAGGGAGCUCGGGGAAGGGAUGUCUUUGCUCAUUGUUUAUCCACUCUGGUAUCUGACUGGUGUUUCCCUCCUCCCUGGUGUACCAACCAAGCUGUGUAAGCAUAACAAACCCAACCAAAACGAAGCUUUGGAAUUCAUCUUAAGGAGAGGGGGGAAAAUACAAUUUUCUGAUUUUUAGCGUCUUGUUUGUAUUUGUUUUUAAUUUUGAAAACAGUCUGUUUGUGGCUCUGCCUUUAGCCCUUCAAUAAAGGACUUCCUGCCUUUUA